UCAUCAAGUGCCACUGCUACCGACCAGUCAACUGUCGAUUUGCUUGCCCAAAAACCAAAGCCACUCUGUUCUAUAAUUGUGAGGAAUUGUAAAUCCAAAGUACGAGCGCGUUCGUAGUGACCGAGCUCCUUCGCACGUUUUCUCAAUAUCUGCUACACAAGCAAUGGACAUUUCCGGCCAAAAGGAAAAAAACAAUGGACAUUAGUCAUGUUAUCAAUCCUUCCUCAUCAGUGUCUUCACAGCCAGACUACGAAGUGUCCCUAAGCUUCAGAGGGCCGGACAUGCACAGUGGCUUCGCGGAUUUCCUGUACACCAGCUUGACUGAUGUUGGGAUUUGCGUGUUUAGGAGAACGGGAGAGCUGGAGAGUGGCAAAGAAAUCGACCCCCAGCUGAUCCAGGCGAUUGAGCAGUCCAAGGUAUCAAUACCUGUCAUCUCAGAGGAGUACGCGUCCAGCGAGAGCUGUCUCCUGGAAUUGGAUCAAAUGGUGAAGUGCAUGAUGGACAACAAGAAUCGCAUCAUCAUCCCCAUCUUCUAUUAUGUCGACCCGUCGGAUGUAUGCGACUGCAGCGGCCCUUUCGUGCGGACCUUGGGUGAGCAGAAGAAGCAUGACAGAGAUGGCACUCUCCGUUGCAUCGGAGAGUUGGAAAGACACCAUCUCCAUGAAAAAAAUGAAGGAUCUCAUGGUGAAGUCGUGAAGCAAAUUGUGCACCAAGUUCAGCAGAAGCUGAAGAAGCAAGAACUAAUCGUGACGAAACAGUUUGUCAGAGUCGACUGCCAUGUGCGCAGCAUAAUGGCAAAGCUGAAGGUUGACUACUGCAAUGGGCAAGCGGUUAAAAUUGGGGACACAAGUGUGACGGUGUUAGGAAUCUAUGGGAUCCCCGGGGUGGGUAAGACGAUUCUGGCCAAAUAUGUUUAUAAUCAACUUUAUCAUCUGUUCGAUGCCUGUAGCUUUCUUGGGGAGAUCCAAGCCGAAAUUAAACAUCACGGCAUCUUGUCUUUACAAAACAAGCUAAUUUCCGACCUUGAUAAAGGAAAUGCCAACAAGUUUGGUUCUUCUAAGGAAGCUCUGCUUCAUAUUCGGAGGAACUUUUGCACCAUGAAGGUCCUUGUUCUCCUUGACGAUGUGAAUGAUCAUGAACAGCUCAGCGCACUAGUUGGAGAGCUUGAUUGGCUAGGCUUGGGAAGCAGGGUCAUUCUAACAUCCCAAACACAAGACGUUCUUAGAAGCAUCAACGGCGCAGAAAGUUCUGUCCUUGAACCGAUGAAAGAAGAUGAAGCUUUGAAAUUGUUCUGUAGGCAUGCUUUUGGAAUGGAUUUUCCCUUAGGAAAAUUCAUGGAGCUGUCAAAAGAGAUCGUUACUGCUACUGAUGGGCUUCCUUUAGCGCUAGAGGUGAUAGGUUCAUCUCUGUUUCUUGUAAAAUCAAAGAAUGCGUGGAGGGAAACAUUGACUGCAUUGGGAGUAGCUCCCCAUAAGAGAGUCCAAGCAGCCUUGGAGAAGAGCUAUAACAACCUACAUGAGGAAGAACGGCAGAUAUUUCUUGAUAUAGCAUGCUUCUUCAUUGGAAUGGACAAGAGAAUCCCCUAUUAUAUGUGGGAUGACUGUAAGUAUUCUCCUUCUAGAUCGAUUAAAGCUCUUAUUGCCAGGUCUUUGAUCGAAAUCGGAGAGGAUAAAAAACUACUCAUGCUUAAAACACUGGAGAAGUUUGGCCAGGAAAUUGUCAAGAAUGAAAACCGGAACGAACCUUGCAGACGCAGUAGGCUAUGGAACCAGAGAAGCACUGGAUGUACUAGGACGAAAGGAGGUAAGUUCUGCGAGCACUGCGCCACAUCUUUUCUUCUUUAGAUGCCAAUUGAUGCAGUUAUUGAUUCUUCUCGUUCAAUUAUUUGUCAAGUGUGAUGCUAAAGACAGCUCCAUUUUUCUAAGUUAAUUUUGCUUUGCUUGAUUGACAGGGUACAAAGAAUGUCAAAGCCCUCCAAGCUCAAGUUUGAUUACACAUCCAAAUGGUAUACCAGUUCUAAAUGUGAUCAAUUUGAUGGUUUACAGAACUUGAUGUUCGUCAGUCUGGAUGGGGAUAAUAUUCUGGAAGACUUAGGGGAUUGUCUUUCGAGCUUAAGAUGGCUUCAUUGGCCAGGGGACGCUACGACUUUUGACUUUAAAUCGCUAAACUGAAAUUCCCAAAUUUGGUGAUUCUUGAUUUUUCGGAGGGUUGGGCUGGAGAAGAAAGUAGAGAUUGGGAGUUGCCUGUCGAGGCAAGGCAACUGAAAGUUUUGAAUCUAACUAAUUGUUCCGAUUUGAUUUUUACUCCAAAUUUCCUGCUUCAAUGGAGCUGGAAAGACUUAUUCUGGAAGAUUGCUCUGACUUAGCAGUUAUCCAUCCAUCAUUUAGUAAUCUGAAGAAGUUGGUUUCUUUGAAUGUGAAGCAGUGCAGUGACCUUCGUGAAUUGCCAGAUUUGGGUCCCAUGAGAGGCUUGAAGGAGCUGCUGAUCGAUCAAACUUCCGUUUCACGGAUUCCUUUCCAAAAAGGUUCCAUGACGAUGCUCAAAACUCUCAGUGCUUGCAAGUGAAAACCUGACUGACCUAUCCGAUCAGCUCCCGUACUUGAAGUCUCUCAAAUAUCUCGCUCUAGAUGGGACUGGAAUUGUCACCCUCGGGGAGUCCAUCGGAUCGCUCGAGAAACUGAAGACACUGUCUCUCAAGGACUGCAGGGGGCUAUCCAAUCUUCCAGAUGAUAUAGGGAAGCUCAGGUCACUGCAAUUCUUGGAUUUAUCUAACACUCUGAUUCGAGAGUUACCUCCUUCAGUCAAGAAUUUGAAAGAUAUGAAAGUGCUCAGGAUGAGAGAUACUUCCAUACGGGAGUUUCCUGAAGAUAUACUAAAUCUGGAGAAGCUGGAAGAGAUAGAUUUCACGUCAUGCCGGAGCUUAGCGGGGAAAAUCCCCGACGACAUUGGAAGAUUGUCGUCUUUGGCAAUCCUGAAACUGUCCGACACUCGGAUUUCUGGCCAACUACCUCCAAGUAUUUCCCGCCUCUCUCGUCUCCGAGAAAUCCGCAUCUCCAGGUGCGACAAUCUUCAAAAGGAUGAUUGGUUCCGGACAGAAGAAAUACAGAAGAAAUAGAUUUUAUGUUUCACCAAUAGCUUUCUAAUGAUAUUUUAGUACUCAAUCAUCAGGGUUUAUAUUCAUGUGGUACUCUUUUGUAAUGGGCUUAACCUGUGAAUUAAUGGAAAAUUGGGAGUUUUCUCA